UAGUGGAGCUCCGGCCUCUGCGCGCCAAGUUUGGGUUUCCCCCGGACGUGGUGUGUCACGUGGUGGGGAGGCUGGUUCCCAGAGCACGUGCUGGGCUGUUAGGACAGCCCGCUGCGGGGUUCCGGCUGGUGUUGUUGCUCUGGUCGCUUUCCGCGGGCUCUUCAGGAACUCGGCGAUCCACCUGCCUCUCUGCCUCCCCAGUGCUGGGAUUAAAGGCGUCCACCAUCACAACGAGUUUAGUCCCUUUCUUAAAAACCAGAGGAACAAGCGUUUAAGGCCAGCUCCCGCUACCAAGUGUACUGGAGGCCACCCUGCAUCAAGGGUUAAGACCUUCUCACAAAAUCCACGCUCUAAUACAAGGCUACUCUGAGCCCGUGCCAUGGCAGACAGAGAUGCCACCCUCUGGGCUUCUCAUGAGAAGAUGUUGACACAGCCCCUCAAGGACAGCGAUGCCGAGGUUUACAGCAUCAUUAAAAAGGAGAGCUAUCGGCAGAGGGUCGGAUUGGAGCUGAUUGCUUCGGAGAAUUUUGCCAGCAGAGCUGUGUUGGAGGCCCUAGGAUCUUGCUUAAAUAACAAAUACUCUGAGGGGUAUCCAGGCCAAAGGUAUUAUGGUGGGACUGAGUUCAUCGAUGAGCUGGAGACGCUGUGUCAGAAGCGUGCAUUACAGACCUACCAUCUGGAUCCUCAGUACUGGGGGGUCAAUGUCCAGCCUUAUUCAGGCUCCCCUGCAAACUUUGCUGUAUAUACUGCCCUGGUAGAGCCCCAUGGCCGAAUCAUGGGCUUGGACCUGCCAGAUGGUGGCCAUCUGACUCAUGGCUUCAUGACAGACAAGAAGAAAAUCUCUGCCACCUCUAUCUUCUUUGAGUCCAUGCCUUAUAAGGUGUUCCCAGACACUGGGUACAUCAACUAUGACCAGCUGGAGGAGAAUGCCAGCCUCUUCCACCCGAAGCUGAUCAUCGCAGGGACCAGCUGCUACUCCCGGAACCUGGACUAUGCACGGCUGCGGAAGAUUGCGGAUGACAAUGGGGCAUACCUCAUGGCAGACAUGGCACAUAUCAGUGGGCUCGUGGCAGCUGGUGUGGUGCCUUCCCCCUUUGAACACUGCCAUGUAGUGACCACUACAACCCACAAGACCCUGAGAGGCUGCCGUGCUGGUAUGAUAUUCUACAGAAAGGGCGUUCGCAGUGUGGAUCCCAAGACUGGCAAAGAGACUUACUAUGAACUGGAGUCCCUCAUCAACUCUGCCGUGUUCCCAGGCCUACAGGGGGGUCCUCACAACCAUGCCAUUGCUGGUGUUGCUGUCGCCCUGAAGCAAGCCAUGACUACAGAAUUCAAAAUCUACCAGCUCCAGGUGUUGGCCAACUGCAAGGCUCUGUCUAAUGCACUCACAGAGCUAGGCUACAAAAUAGUCACAGGUGGCUCUGAUAAUCAUUUGAUCCUAAUGGAUCUGCGUCCUAAGGGUACUGAUGGCGGAAGGGCUGAGAAGGUACUAGAAGCCUGUUCUAUCGCCUGCAACAAGAAUACCUGCCCAGGCGACAAGAGCGCAUUACGGCCCAGUGGACUUCGCCUGGGGACUCCAGCAUUGACAUCCCGAGGACUUUUGGAAGAAGACUUCCAAAAAGUAGCACAGUUUAUCCAUAGAGGGAUAGAAUUGACUCUGGAGAUUCAGAGCCACAUGGCCCCGAAGGCCACACUCAAAGAGUUCAAGGAAAAGCUGGCAGGGGAUGAGAUGAUCCAGAGUGCUGUGGCAACUCUCCGGGAAGAAGUGGAGAAUUUUGCUUCCAACUUUUCACUACCUGGCCUUCCAGAAUUCUGACAGAGCAUAGCCUUUGUUUGCCAAGAGGGUAGGAUUGUUCCAGGACCCUCUCUGUGAAUCCUGUGCCCUCUUGAGGCUGUGAAGUGGACCACUGAGCUGCACCAUGCCUUGGUGGGUGUUUCUGUUUACCUGUUUUUAAAUAUUUUGAGAACAGGUUAUUAAGACUUUACAUUUGAAACGUUAUGUAGUCAUUUGACCGCCUCACUCAUGCAUAUGGGGCAAAGCUAUUAAAGACUCCAGAACUGUCCUUUCUGCUUAUUCAGUGUGUCCAGUGGCAGGUAAGCCAAUGUUCAGCUUCACCCUGUGUUUCCCAUUCUUCCUCUUCUUCCUCUUCUGUUGCCCAGAGUUUUCUGCCCAGUUUGAGGCAAGAAGUUAGUGUUAGGGAGACUCUCAACCACAUGGUGACUCAGACCCAUCUGUAACUCUGCUUCCAGAGAAUCAACCCCCUCCUUCUGGGUUCUGAGGACACAGGUACACACGAAGCACAGGCAUACAUGCAGCCAAAAUGGCGAUAGAAAAUUUUGUUUUAAAGAAAAAAAUUACUGUCAGCAGCUUGAAAUGUAAUAGAAGGGUUAGGGGUGUCACUUAAGAGAUAAUACCAUAUUCCAUACGUGUGCCCUGGGUUCAUGCCUAGGACACAAAUACAAAAAAAUCUUGUACAACUGGCUGUCUCCAUCGGUGUAUGAAUCCCUUCCUGGUUUAAGAAUCAGCAGAGGCUUUAUAUUCCACCUGAGAUAAGCAGCUCCUUCCUACAAUUAGGAACCCAAAUGCCACCUUCUGAAAGAGUCUUUAUUUUUACAUUGCUGAAUUGCAAACCAUCCAUUGCAAACUUUUUAAUAUGGAGAAUCAAAUUUUUACCCACAGAAUGUCUACAAGAAUUAUAUCUUUAAAAAAUACAACCUGUUUUUAUAUUUUAAAAAUAUCUGAACUCAAAUAAAUUAAUAUCUUAAAAAGUA